UAGAAGAAGGAAAAUGGCAAAUUUUGUUCUGCGGGUUCCGAAUACUUUGAGGAGUUUCACUGUGUUUGCUUCAUCCAACCCCAACGGGGCUCCUCCUGGUGGUUCUGGAAGCAGUAGUGGUGGUGGUGGGGGACCUGUGAUAUUGGAGCUUCCUCUAGAUAAGAUAAGAAGGCCUUUGAUGAGGACCAGAGCAAAUGAUCAAAACAAAGUUCAGGAGUUAAUGGAUAGUAUCAAGGAAAUUGGUCUUCAAGUGCCUAUUGAUGUCCUCGAGGUUGAUGGAAUCUACUAUGGUUUCUCUGGAUGUCACCGUUACGAAGCUCACCAGCGCCUUGGACUCCCCACCAUCCGUUGCAAAAUACGCCGUGGUACAAAGGCGACUCUAAGGCAUCAUCUGCGCUAAACAUGUGAUGAUUUUAUCGUUCAAAGUUAGUAACAUGGCAAUUAGUAAUGACAGCAAUGUCCUGCUUCUGAAGGCAUUGUGAUUCCAAUGGACAUGUUAUGGAUGAUAUUUCGUGGGUGUGCUGUGCUAUUGUUACGUAUUUAUACAUAUGAAGAUGCAAUGUUUCCUCCCAAUGACCAAGAGGACAGUAAACUAACACUACUGGAAAAAAUCGAAAAUUCAUAAUCUGAUUUUUCUUACUCUGUGUGCAUUCUUCUAGUCAGAAUGUGGCCUCCUCCAUCGCCCUCUGCAUACACCCAAAAAAGAGUACGAGAUUUAGUUAGGAAGAAAAAACAACAUCAAGCAUUAUUAUCUGUUUUGCAUGGAUGGAAUGAUCUGAACUUAAAUAAGCUCCAAAAUAGAUCAAGUUAAUAAUCUUUGUCUUCAUGCAAACCGUAAUGAAGGCUGCUGUGUAUUUUAAAUUUGGAAUAAAGAAGAAUAACAAUUGGUUAUGUGAGAGAA